ACUGGGGCUGGGAUUACGGAGAGACGAGGCAGCAGCGAGAGAGAGAGAGGCAGCAGCGAGAGAGAGAGGCAGCAGCGAGCGGCUCCCGCUCCCUAACCCGCCCGGGGAGCGCAGCCUGAGAGGCGGCUGCGGAGGCGCUGUGUGACCGGGGCCAGGCGCUCCUGCUGCGGGCUUUGUGUGUGCCGAGGGGUCGGUGUGAUCUCCCCCCCCACCCCCGGACCACCGCCCCCUGUCCCCGGGGCUGGAGUUAACUUUGAGCCGCUGAAGGUGAAGUUUGUCUGGGAGCGGGGGGGGACCCGGUGUCCCGGUCUCAGGCACCAUGAGGAAUACCGAGGAAGGCGAGGGGUUCGAGGCGGAAGCCUCCAGCACCUCCAUGAUGUCCGGGGCGAGUAGCCCGUACCAGCCGACCACCGAGCCGGUCCGGCCGGGCCACCACCGGCGGCUACAGCUCGCCUGGGACCCCGACUACCUGCGCUCCAGCUUCGGCAUCCUCAAACUGCUCGAGGUGAUUUUGGCACUAAUAGCUUUCAUCUGCAUUGAGACGGUGAAGGAGUGUUUGCCAUGUGGGGGUCUAUACUUCUUUGAGUUUGUCAGCUGCACGGCAUUUGUGGUGACUGGAGUUCUAUUGCUGAUGUUCAGUCUGAACCUUCACACAAAAGUACCGCAGAUCAACUGGAACUUGACGGAUUUGAUCAACACUGUGGUCAGUGCUAUCCUUUUCUUCAUUGCCUCCGUUGUGCUCGCAGCUAUGAAUCAGAAGAGGGGAGGGGAGAUCGCUGCUGUGGUAUUUGGGUUCCUGGCUGCGGCUGUCUACGCGGUUAACACGUACCUGGCCGUUAAGAUUUGGAGAUUGGGUGCCCGCCGCCAAACCGGGGGUCCAGCCAAUGAGUACACGCGUGCCCGAUCGGAAUCUCGGGGAGAGGUGGAGAGUCGGCCUGAGGUCCAACGCUUGGAAGGGUGAAGGAGGAACGGGACUCCCUUUGCAGCGGACAGAGAGAGAGAGAGGGAGGAGUGUCUGAGCUGUGGAAUACUUGGCAGCUGAAAAAUUGAACAUCUGACAUUUUCAGAGCAGACACUUGCAAUUUUUUUUCUUUCUGUUACAGUUUGGGAUAUUGUAGAAGGGCAGGCUCACUGUGGAGAGAUGGAAUGUCAGAGCUUGGAGUCGUCUUGUAUUCACCCGUGCGCACGUGGUUGCCAGGGAAGGCUGUGUGGCUCUGAGCAGCGCUCCCUGGCCCAGGUUCCUGCUGCAUGGAGUGAUGUCCAAACUUGGUCCUUGUGCCUCGUCCCUGCUGUGACCCUGAUUGGAGAUGCUCAACUUUCAGCAGCUGCUAAAUAACGAAUUAAAAUGCUCUAUUUAUUGGGAAGCGGGUUUGAAGGACAGUUUGCAAACUUGUUUUGAAGUGGGGGUGAUGGUGAGAAUUAGCAUGAGAGGCUGUCUCAGUCUAAUGUGCGAAAGACUAACACAAUGAUGAAUAAACUGUGCACUGCGCAGAAUGGAGCUUUGAAUGACAUUGUAGAAUGGGAAUUCUGCUGGUUACUGUGUUAGGGAUGUGUGUGGGUGUCUGUGUAUAGAAGAUUCAAACUCUCCAACACGUAAGUAAUUUCUUUUCACCCGAUUUGCAGUUUGAGUGACUGCGUCAUCCACAAAAUGCACUUCUUUCCACGUCCUGCAGAAGAUGAUGUUCAUCGAUCUCCAUCUCGUUUCUCUUCAAAGUUGCUUGUAAAAAGAAAACAAAAAGAAAAGAUAUCCAAAGAUUUCAUUUUUAAAAAAAAAAAUUUCUUUUGGCUUUUUUUUCACUCAUGCUGAUGACCAAAAUCGGAAAAAGUCAACAUGACUAAAGUAGUACGUUCCAUUCCACGUGACUAAAGUAGUACAUUCCAUACCUUGAUGGAACAUCUUUUGUAGAUUUAUCAAGAUGUCAGCACUAAAAGAGAACCCUCUGUGACCUCUGGUUAAUAUUAAAUCACAGGGUAUCACUUUACUUCACAUUGUCCUCCAUUUUGUUUGUGUUCAGUCUUGGUCCAAGUUAAGUUAGAUCUCCUGGUGCUGACUAUUUUAUGUAUAUCUUGAUUUGAUUUCCAUUUUUUUUAUUCUUAAAUCAUUUCUAUUAUGUGCUAAGAAUGAGGUAUUUAUUAGAUUUGCUUGGAAUAGUCACUGAAUCAGAAUUUUUUUUAAAAAAGCAGCUGAAUCACCUUUGAUUUGCUUGAGUGUCCUCAGUCAGUGAGAGUUUUUUUUCUUUAACACAGAUGGUGUCCAAGACCUUUCAAUAUUCACUGUAUAUCCAUGCCAGUACAUUUACAGGCUGUUCUUGCAUUUCUAACCUGUACAACAAGGUGACCACUCUUUCUAGCUUGCUUCUAUCCCAUCUUAAAGUGAUACGCAAAAGGUUUGAAUUCCACGUCUCAUUGGCUAGAAGCUUUUGGCUUGGUUCAGUGAGUAUCACCCUCAACUCUUUGAUCUGAUGGAUAUCAAUUUGAGCCACAGUCAUGAGCACAUAUCUAGGCCAAUGGUGCAGGGCGGAGGCAGUGCUGCAUUGUCCUUGGUGCUGUCUUCUGCUCCAGGUGUUGGACUGAGCCUCUAUUUGAUGGUUUGUUAAAAGCCCCAUGACACACUUUUUAUGAAGAAGACUGGGCAGGCUAUCGCCAGUGCUCUUGACCUAUAUUCAUCCCAUCAACUCAGAUCACCCAAGAAAGCUUUUGGUGUGGGAGCUUCCUGCGUACAAAUUGGCUGUAUUGGGUUUUCUACAUUACAACAGUGACUGCAGUUCAAAGGUUACUUUGCUGGCUCCAAAGUGCUUUGGGAUGACCUUCUUAUCAGAACACAACACAAAGGUUUCUGGAACCCUUCCACUCCUGAAUUUUCCCAGUUUUUAACAAAAAUCUUUGUGUUUUUGUUUUUAAAAACAUAAUCAGCUUUUUAAAUAUCCAAAGUAGCAGCUCGACGUUGAUAGGUUAGCAAGGAAACUCUGACCCAAAGAGAAGUCAUGAGGAGUCAAAGGGGAAGCUGAACUUGUAGUGUUGUCUGCCUGCCACUAGAUGCCAGCAGCAGCCUGCCAUUAUCCCUCUGCCCCACAGAGUUGGCAGUGCGAGUGCUCUGCAGUACUGGGGGUGAAUAUCACAUCAUCCUCUCUCUAAGUCAAAGGUUAAUUUCACUGAUUAAACCAUCUUGUAUUAAUUUCAGAAGGAAGACUCUCUGACAAAACAUUCCAAUAGUCUUGUCAAUUUUGCUUCAAGUCUUACCAGAGGUGCCUUUCACAGGGAGCAGUUGUUCUCCUGGAAUGAUGACAAUCUUUAUUUCCUACAGUUCACUCCCGCUUACUGAGUUCAUUUGAUUAUAUUGGCCCCUUUGCAUUGUUGGUUUUCUGGGUGAGGUACUGUCUGGGGUUUCGGUUUAAUUUUUGAUGUGUGUUGCCACGAGUAAUCACUGUGUUGAGGAGGGGGACAGAGAUGUAAUUUGUGAUUUUUGGGUUUUUUAAAUUUGUCCAUUGAACCACCCAUUUUAUCCGCCUCCCUCCCACCCCCUUCGUCCUUCAAUGGAGAAGUUAGAGGUCCUCUUGUUUUGGGAUUGUUGGGCAGGGCUUGUUGGGAGGAUACACAGUAAGUAUGGUCUAUAACGAAGAGAAUAAUAAAUGUGAAAAGAUCUCUUCAUGGCAAGGAUUGUCUGAUGAUGCUUUUUAAAUGGUUGGUGUUAAUUGUAGUCAGGUUUUAUUUGUCAUGUCCAGAAUUGUGACAAUUUGUAUUGGAGAUUAUUUUCCUGUUUGCUCCUCACCCUUUAACUUGUCCCUCCAUCUCCUCUGAGCUGUAUUUUUCUACAUGUUUAGAUUUAAUUAGUUUUUGUGAAUGUCAUUUGAUGGUACAGAUGCUCACACCUCUUGUGUGUACCCUUGUUAACAAAUAAAACUGAAUUCACUUGUCAA